CGCUCCUCACUGCCCUGCCGCCCAUGCCCGUGUUGCCAAUUUGUACAGGCUCUUGCGAAGCCUGGGCCUGGCUGCCCAACAAGCAGAGCACCUCUGGCUCCGUGGUAUGGUGAGCUCUGACUGAGAGACUCACUGGGGCUGGGGAUUUUCUCGAAGCCAUAAAAGAGAGAGACCCAGAAAGAAGCCUACCAAAGUACCACCAGCUCUCGCAGCAGCCGCAGUGCCACCACUCCAGCAAGGGAAGGGCGCAGCGCAGGCGGGGAAGAAGGGGGGUCGAGAGGAACCAACCAACCAACCCAGCCCAGACCCCCAAUGGCUUCCCCGCGCUCCCUCGCCCUCUUCCUGCUCUGCAUUCUGGCUGCGCCGGCGCCGCCCGUAUCAGCCGCAUUGCUCUUCGGCGGCGGGAAGUCGGCCGCGGAGGCGGGCCUGGACAUGGAGUGGCGGCCGGCCACCGCGACGUGGUACGGCGACGCCGAGGGCGACGGCAGCGACGGCGGCGCGUGCGGGUACGGGACGCUGGUGGACGUGGUGCCAAUGAAGGCGCGGGUGGGGUCGGUGAGCCCCGUGCUGUUCAAGGACGGCGAGGGCUGCGGCGCCUGCUACAAGGUCAAGUGCCUGGACCGCGGCAUCUGCUCGCGCCGGGCCGUGACGGUCAUCGUCACGGACGAGUGCCCCGGCGGCCUCUGCGCGUUCGGCCACACGCACUUCGACCUCAGCGGCGCCGCCUUCAGCAGGAUGGCCGUCGCCGGCGCCGGCGGCCGCCUGCGCGACAGGGGACAGCUCAACGUCGUCUACAGGAGGACUGCCUGCAAGUACGGCGGGAAGAACAUCGCAUUCCGUGUGAACGAGGGCUCGACCAGCUUCUGGCUCUCGCUGCUCGUCGAGUUCGAGGACGGCGAAGGCGACAUUGGAUCCAUGCAGAUAAAGCAGGCCAACUCGGUGGAGUGGCUGGACAUGAAGCACGUGUGGGGGGCCACGUGGUGCCUGGUGCGGGGCCCGCUGGUGGGGCCCUUCUCCGUGAGGCUGACCACGCUGUCCGCCAAGAAGACGCUCACGGCCCGGGACGUCAUCCCCAGGAACUGGGCGCCCAAGGCCACCUACACCUCGCGCCUCAACUUCGAGCCGUCCCUCUAGAAAAAGAGGAGCCGGAGGGGGCGCGGCGCCCCGGGGCCCACGUUUUACCGGCCCCGGACACUGCCAUGUGGGUCCGCAAAGGCUGGUGGCCCACUUGGCAGGCAGCCAGGCAGGAACCCUCUGCCUAUUCCUACUGGAUGGAUCGGCAGACUGUUUUUUUUUCUGUAUUCGGGCAGCUUGGCCUAAUCGUAGUAUAGCUAGCUAGUGUGUGCUGAUGCUUAUGCAUCAGAGAUUCAGAGUAUCAGACGUGUGUGUGGUGCUAGACUGCUAGUAAUUUUGGUUGUGAGCAGAGAGUUCAGGAGCUGGCCCAGGUACCAACCAACCAAGCAGCCGCCGUCUCCAAAGGAGAUCGAGAGCGUUCGCUGCUUGAGGCCAGGAAUCCGAUGGGGAAGCUGGUCGGACUCGGACCGUGUGAGGGUUUUGGAUCCCCUCCUGGGUCGUGGUCGUGGCGUCCUGUUCGUCCGUGUCGUGCGCGCGCUUGUUCUGGUGUUUCUGUUUUGUGUUUUGCCGGAUUGAAAUGCAGGGUUCGUGUCUUCGUGACAAUGUCAGGAGUAAGGGUGGGAAUGUGAAAAUGGUUAUUCGAAUUUUUUGCAUUCGUAUCCGUACCCGCACCUAA